AUGGACAUCAGGGUGGGCGAUGCGCUGUUUCCGGUGCUGCCGUGCGACGACGACGCCGUCGGGACCGAGCAGUCUCCGCUCGAUGACGAGUUCGGUAGUGGCGUUCCUAGUAACAAUGGUCAGUCCAAAACACAACCAAUCAUGCAGACAACUCCUGUCGGCGACGACGCGCGACUCAAAGUACAACCAAUCAUGCAGACAACUCCUGUCGGCGACGACGCGCGACUCAAAGUACACCGCGAGGCCACCCAGCGGUUGGAACUGGCAGACCGGGCCCAACACGCGUACUUUCUUGCGUACGAGGUCGAGUGUGAAAUGGCCGACUUGGCGCUGUGGACUGAAGCUAUGAUUAUUCCACAGUCGUGGCGACUCGCCAUUCGAAAGCACUUGGCGCCGAUUCUUCUCCGCAUGAAACUACACGUAGGCAACCUCAUGCAAGCGGAAUCGAUGCUGCUCCCGCCAUUCGACGAGCGCAAGCGCGUACAAUUUGACCUGUUGCUGCAAAGCACCGAAGACAUUUCUGUCGUGCUGUACGAUUCAAUUCAAGAGUGCAAGCGCAAAGCUAUCGAAGGCGAACGAGUUGUGGCGGCAUCGAUGAUUCAGCUGCACGCUCGACGCCGUUUACGAGUGAUUGGGUUUUACACUACCAAGGUCAAACUCACGCGGCUACAGCGCGGGUUAAUCCCAGGCUUGUUCGAUGGGCUCAAAGGGGAAACCAUCAUGAACAUCACCGCCGACAGCAUCACAUUGGAAUACCCCAAGACUGCCAACCGAAACGCAACUGGUCGUGGCAACGAUUCCAAGCCCAACCAGCAUUGAUACAAGGAACGUUUUCUUUAUACGUCAUUAGUGUGCUUUUUUCGACAUGGAAAAUUGAACGGUUACUUCACACUGGGCUGUUCGUGUGCAAGCACGAGGGCUUCUAAAUCCAACAAGUGACGAUCUUGAACGUUGAUUUCACGCAUGCUACACAACAAAGAAAUGCAAUCAAAACGUCCUUGCAAUAUAUAUAUAUAUCCUAUCCUAUACGUAUAUAGAAUGUACCAGCGGCAAAGGUUGAGAAAGUACUCUAGGUUUGAGCCGCUAGGGCCUACACGAGAUGCAAUCUACAAGAUAGUGGUCGUGUGAGCAUGGGUAUGCUGCACGGUAUGCCACAUUCGAGCGGCGUACUUCGUGUGCCAUGCCCUUCAACGGAGCAGGUCCCAGGAAGUCUGAAUUGCCAGGGAGCGCAAUGAACACCAAGGCGCGGCGAACUUGGUUGUCGGUGCAAUGGACGUCCACUUCUGCGCGAUCAUACCCAGCCUAACACGGAGCCGUAAUAGAAGCUCAUUCGCUGAGUAAAUGAACCUUUUCACGAUGGUCUAGCUGAGCCAAGAUGGCUGGCACUUCCUCUUUCGGCACUCGGUAGAUGCGUCCCCAUGUUUGGGGUAGUUCGGAUGCAUGUGGGUCGACGUCGCGGAACUGAUGCAUAUCGUCGGCGUGGAUCAAAGUCACCACCCGCCCCAACGCACCAGGCACACCGCGGUGGUCCGGGCUGCCUUGCCAGAACCGACGAUGCCAUCCAUCCACAUACCCAAAGAACGAAUCUUCGACGGGAAAGUCCGUCUUCCACACUACGCACAACAAAUUUUGAGCGGAUAUUGCUCGGCGAUCACUUACCUAUCGAGCCGUCUGUAUAUGUCCAUCAUCAAGUUAGGUUAGAAGUCAACGCUGACACAAGAAGCAUGUACUUACAUCCGAAGAUCCUACAGAACACCACCUUCGUCAGCCGUCAAGUCCAUGCUGUCAUGGAGUUGUUACCACAUCGCAGCAAAG